AUGUCAUUAAAAUGCAUCCCAUUGCUGUUCCUUAAUAUGGGUGGUGAGAUGAUAUACAUUCUACAACAGCGCCUACAGGCUCAAAAUAUAAGCGAAGAGAAAGCAACGCGAGUGCUAACUGAUGUUUUGUAUAAUUUUUUAAAUGAAAAAUUUAUGAAAGAAAUAUUCAAGUUGCAAGUAAUAUGCUCAAAUCAAAUUAUGCGAAUAUUAUUUGAAAAACUUGCAAAUUGCAGUAUAAUGCGCUUGAAUGAAACGAGUAUGCACAAGCUGUAUGAUUUAAUAACGAUGGUAUGCAAAUAUCAGCUACAACUUUCUAGCAGCCCAAAACAGCUUGCUAUGAUCACAUUAAAUCAUUUGGAUGGAAUCCGAAAGAUUUUACCUAAUGAUGCAACUUUGGGUCAACUUUUGGACAAGACACAUCAUUUGGUCGGCAGUAUUGAUGCGCGAGUAAAUGUGUCAAUUUUAUUGCGUUCAAAUAAGCAACUAAAUACAGGAAGAUUCAUUUUGUUUCCAAAUGGAAACUACAAGUUACCUUUCGGUGGUAAUCCUCCCGGACAGAUACAGUAUUUCAAAGAUUUUGGAAUUAUAAGAACGGAAGUAUUUCCUAUUAGAGAUUACUCGAUUAAUUAUGAAUCGUGUGAAUCAAAAGUCUUUUUUUAUUAG